AUGGCUACCCAAACAAACGACCCUCCUUGUGUUACCGAAGGUAUGCCGGUACGUGAUGAGGAAGCAGUUCGUCCAGAGAAGGCCUUUGAAGAGGAAAACCUGGAUGAAGAUCUCGAAUUCGGCUAUGAUGAGCAACGGAAAAUCAUUCACCGCAUCGACCGACGCUUGAUUGGUGUUCUCGGCUUUUUGCAUAUGGUGUCUCUAAUGGAUAGGGGAAAUAUAGGAGCAGCUGCAAUUGCUGGGAUGAAGCAGGGACUAGAUCUUGUUGGAUUUCGAUAUAGCAUCAUUGCACUUUGUUUCUUUCCAACAUACAUUGUUGGUCAGGUAUUUGGCUCCAUUUUGAUUCGCAAGCUUGGACCCGUUGGUUUCCUUUCGGGCACUACCUUUUUAAUGGGUAUUGUCAUGAUGUGCGGCGGAUUUGUGAAAAAAUGGUCUGAGAUGGUGGCUAUCCGAGCAAUCAUAGGUGCUUUCGAGGCGGGAUUUUUUCCAGGAUGCGUCUAUUUAAUUUCUACCUGGUAUUCUCGCUAUGACAUGCAGAAACGAUACGCUGUCUUUUACCUACUGGGCUGUGUUGCUUCGGCAUUUGUGGGUAUCUUGUCAUAUGGGAUUAUGCAAAUGAAUGGCCUAGCAGGAAUUGAUGGUUGGCGUUGGAUUUUCAUAAUUGAGGGCCUAAUUACUUGCUCCCUCGGCAUUCUCGGUGCAUUCAUGCUGAUUGAUUUUCCUGACCGCAUGAAAGUUUCUCGGCGUCACUUUCUCUCCGACAGCGAAUACGACUUCAUCUUACGUCGCAUAUCACGAGACCGCGGCGAUACGGAGCUGGAUGAAUUUCAUUGGAAGAAGUACUUCUCUGCAGCUCUUGAUGUCAAACCUUGGGCUUUCGGUUUGAUCUUCUUCUGUACGACUACAGUUGCCUACGCAAUCUCCUACUUCAUGCCUAUUAUCUUGAAUGAAGAGAUGGGCUUCUCGAUAGGAGCAUCACUUUGCUUAUACGCUCCACCCUACGCAGCAUCUGCUAUCGUGACUUAUGGCACAGCAUGGUUCGCGGAUAAGUACCGACUCCGUGGGCCUGUUUUGAUAUUCAAUGCGCUCUUAUGUUUGAUUGGGCUGCCACUUAUGGCAUUUACAGAGAAUACGGGAUCUCGCCUUUUUGGCGUAUUUCUGACUACAAUUGGGCCCGUUGCCAACGUUCCAGCGGCAAUGGCCUAUCAGGCCAACAAUAUCCGCGGCCAGUGGAAACGGGCACUUUGCACUGCUGUGUUUGUAGGAUUUGGUGGAACUGGAGGAAUGGCUGGGUCGCUGGUCUUCAGGUCCCAGGAUGCACCGUCAUAUCAUCCAGGGAUUAUAGCUUGCAUGGCCUGCAGCGGAUUAUUGAUCCUUACUGUGCUACUACUAUCGCUGCAUUUCAAACGGUGCAACCGAAAUGUUGAUCAGGGGCUACUUGUUCUUGAGGGACUACCUGGAUUUAAGUACACGUACUAG